UCAAAAAUUUUAAACAAAGUAAAUCAUUAAAUUAUCAAUGAAUGAUAUUAAAUUUUCAUAUAUUUGAAAUAUUUACGUGAGAAUUGUUAUUACGUGGAUUAAUUCUGUUUUAUCGAUUUUAUGACAGAAGGAAACUCUUAGUGAUACAUACGUUCGUAGUUUUCAUGAAAAUCAAUACCUACUGUUAUCGAAUUGAUAUAAAACAUUUUUUGGAGAAUGUUACCGGAUUCAGAAGAUUUUCAUAUUAUUUUUCACGAGGCAUAUAAAGUUCUUCCAGAGCAUUCCAAGAAACGCCUGGAAUGGAAACGUUUGAAGAAGAAAUCAUCCAAAGCUCGUUACAAACAGAAAAGCAAGUUAGAUUCGCCCUGCGAAAACGAUCUACAAUCGGCGCCAGAAAUAGAGCUACCAGGGAAUGCAUCAGCGUUCGCUGUAUUUGCUUCAAUCCGUUUAGCUGUUCUAGACAGAUGGAUGAAACAAGCCAGCCAGGAAUACUUGAACAGCAGUUGUAGUGCACCCAGUCAAGAUCAGAGCGAAAUAGAAAGUGAUACUGAGGAUAAUUCACAAAGCACGUGCUUUACAGCUAUUAAAGUCUCAAAAAUAGUUGGUUUAGGUUUAAGAUCAGUGUUUGAAUUGAUAAAGGAAAGUCGAAUAACACAUCCGAUGUUAUGUACGAAAGCUUUGACUGCUUUGUUAGAUGUUUUGCAAGGACAGGUUCCAGAAGCUCUGAAAUGCGAACCACCAGAUGUAAUAGAUUCUUUAUUUGAGCUGUUAUUGGAUCUGGCGACUUUGCACGGACCUGAAAGCUCGGUAGCUAAUGACGGAAGCCAUUUUACAGCUGUAGCUUGUGCUUGUUUGUUAUCACUCGUUGUUGUAAAAGGGGAUACUGGAAAAUAUCUAUCAGCUUCUGCAGCUCUGUUGAUGUGUCCAAGAGCUCUGUCAACACAAAAUAUCCAGAUGCCGGCUGUUUUAUCAGCUCUUCAAAAAAGUGUACACGGAGUAUUAUUGGGUAAAACUAUAAGACCAGACUGGAUAACACAUGGUGUUUCAAACGCGGCAAAGAUUAAUUGUUUUCACAUCAAAUUUCCUACUGAACUUAACACUAAUCUGUUAAAAGUGAAAUCAUUAGCUUACGAUGGUCAAUAUCUAUAUCUUUUUACAUCUAAAGGUUUGUUUAAAGUUGGUAGUGGCUACGGAGGGACAUUAAAAGGUUAUGUUGUGCUUUGGAAACCAGAUUUUUAUCCAAAUGAAAACGGUAGUUUGGUAUUUUGUAACGGAAAUUUGUAUUUGAAAUUAUGUGGACGUAGAGGAGGUGAAUUUUUGAUAGUUGAAAGAACAAAUCUUUUGAUAUCUGGUUCGGUGCCUUUACACAAUAGAGAUUCUUCGUCCAAUGUAGUUUUUUCUGAUGGUGAUUAUUUAGGAGUCAUAUCACCAGCUAAAGACGAUGGAUUUGUUGUGAGAAUGUUGAAUCAGAACAUGUCACCAGCGGCAUUAGUAAGCGAACUACCGCUAAAAUUAGCAAGAAAAUGUGUAGAUGCGUUUGGGGUGUCUUCAUUCGACGAAGAAAAUGGUACUUACACAGUUAAUACAGGUGGAGAAGAAGAAAUUGCUACCAUUUGCACGGGAAAAGAGUUUGGUUUAAUUCGAACUAUUUCUGGAAAGGUUCUGUAUUGUGGAAAAUCAUCAGCACUUGGAAUCAAACAGGCCGGAAUUAGGACUGGAAAAUGGUCCGAAUUGAUUAUAACUAAGGCACCAAAAAUUAAUCAGAUUGCUAUUGGACAUGACGGACUACACGCAGUGUUAUUAACAGAUGAGGGAUCGGUAUUCUUCACAGGUACAGCUCGUCGAGGAGAAGACGGCGAUCAAAAUAAAAUCCGACGUCAACCGAAACCUGUUAAACCGAAGAAAAUGAUAAAAGUAGACGGACAACAUAUAGUUUAUGUUGCUUGUAAUAACGGCACUACGGCUUUAAUAAAUAAAGAAGGCGAACUUCUUAUGUUUGGGAAGGAUACAACGCAUGCUGAUCCGAUAACGGGAAUCGUCGGACAUUUGAAAGGAGAAUUCGUAACGCAAGUGUCCUUAGGAAAAGCACACGCUGUAUCUUUAACUAAUAAAGGACAUAUUUAUACGUUUGGCAUUAAUAACAAGUUUCAGUGCGGGAGAGAAUUUAAUAUGGCAAAAGAAGAGAAUUUGGCUAACGUAGUUGCUAUGGAUACGUGCGGAGUUCAGGAAGAACAAGACUUGAUCGAUGAAAUGCAAUCUGAAAAUCAGAAAGAAACUGAAAACAUACCUGGUGUGUCUGAUGUGAAUAUGGGUGAUUCCCAUAAUAUUUGCCCACCAGGAAUGCAUGCCUGGCACGACGACAUGUGUAUGAUUUGUACAGUUUGUAGAGAAUGUACUGGAUAUUCCAUUAGUUGUUUAUCGUCCAUUAGCGUCGAUCGCAAUCCUGGACAAGAAUGUGGUUGUGGAGAAGGGGAUAGUGGUUGUAGUAUAUGUGGUUGCUGUAGAAUUUGUGCCAGAGAGGUAGUCGACAAUUCAGAAUUGGCGGAUCUCGCUGGUAUGAUGCGUUUAGAUCUUAUAUUCAGAGAAAAAUCUGUAAUACCACCCAGACAAAGAACCAAGCUACAAGAACAGUUACAGACUCGCUUGGAAGAAAGGAAAAAUAAAAGUAAAAAAUCUCUCCAGGGUUGUAGCAAACAACUUCUCAAAUCAAAAUCUUUAAGACCCACCAUCAACACGUCAUCAACGCAUAGACUCAAUAAUAGUACAAGGCAAAAUAAUGUCUUAGCAGCAGUCAAAGAGCAACAAGGCUCCGAUGUGGAAAGAGAUGCUGCAAGAAUUUCAUGUUUACCCCCUGCAAAACUGAAUUUACCAAGUGACAGUCCAGUGACACAAAUUUCGUGUGGAUUACACCAUAGCAUAGUGCUCCUACAAAACGGUCAGGUUUACACAUUUGGUUCAAACUUGAAUGGACAACUUGGUUGUGGUGAUAUAUUAACUAAAAGUAGUGUGCAACUUGUCAGACUUCCUUGUAGUGCUGUUCAAGUGGCAGCAGGAAGUAAUCACUCCGUUGUAUUGACGUCAAAGGGGGAAGUUUAUACUUUUGGAAAUGCUCAGAAAGGGCAGUUGGGUAGAAGUCCCAACAACUCAAUUUCCCAAGACGUAACCCAGCCAGGAAAUAGUUCUUCUUUUCGUUUUUCUAAUCCGAGAACACCUUGGUUCAGCUUUCCUGGACCAAUUCCGAAUAUAGGCCCCAGACACGGUCGCAGAGCGACUUGGGUAGGAGCUUCAGGAGAUCAAACUUUCCUCAAAUUGGAUGAGAGUUUGAUAAAUUCCGUCAGUAUUGCAAAAUCUACAGUAACUGCGAAUAAAAAUUCCAUAGUACUACUUCCAAACGAAGAAGAAGCCGCGAAGAACUUUAAAUGCCUGGUUAUCAAUAAGCGAGAUGGAAACUGCAAUUCUUUCAAAUCUGCAGAUCAAGUCGAUUUUAGCAAUAGAAUAGUUUGUAUGGAUCCAAUUUAUAACGUCCUUUGGUCGUACAGCGUCAUGAAUAACGAAUUUACUGCUUAUAAUGUCAUAGCCAGUGAACUACAGACAUUAAAAAAUGUCAAUAGAGCCGAGAAAUUCCUUGCUGAUAUACGACUUACGAAAGAUAUUAACAUCAACGAUAAAUACUUGCAGCUAAGCUCCAUUCUUUCACCAGAAUUAUCUUUACCCGUCACUACAAACUGUUAUGUGACAAGAUUCCAAGCUGCUAUUAACCUCCUCUGUUGUUUGGAUAUUUUAACUAUUUCACACGAUCUACAAAUUACUGCUGUUAAUGAGGCAAUCGAUGAAAGAUGCCACACAUCUGGGAAACAAUAUUCAAAAGAAGAUUUUCAGUCCGUCAAUAGGUUCGAGAGUCAUGGCGGAGGCUGGGGAUAUUCCGGACACAGUAUCGAAGCUAUAAGAUUCAUGGCGGAUACAGAUAUUCUUCUUGGUGGGUUUGGUUUAUUCGGGGGUAGAGGAGAGUACACUGCUAAAUUGAAAUUAUUGGAUAUUGGACCGGAAGGAGGGGAACAGGAAAUAGAUGGAGAUUUGCUAGCUGAAACCGAAGAAAUACCUUACGAAUGCGGUCCCAGGCAGAAGUUUCCUAUAUUGUUUGAUGAACCAGUAUUGUUGCAGGCGCAUCGUUGGUACGUGGCUUGGUGUCGUAUAAGCGGUCCCAGUAGUGAUUGUGGUUCAUCUGGACAAACGAUGGUUACCACUGAAGAUCAAAUUUUAUUCUACUUCAAAUCAUCAAAAAAAUCUAAUAACGGCACAGACGUUAACGCUGGACAAAUUCCGCAAUUACUCUAUAAAAUAAUAACACCGGAAAAUCAGUCGUCGCCUAGACAGAACGACAUCAUCGAACCCGUUUAUAUUCUAUCGAAGGAUUUCUCCCGCACUGUAACUAAAGAAUGUUUUCAGAGUUUAUUAUCGCUCCUCCAAUGGUCGUGGAAUACUUUCAAAUGGGGCAUAAUGGAAGGACAAACUCACAAAGUAUCUUACACCAGUCUUGAAUUGGAACGUCUCGUUUAUAUAAGCAGAGCUAGUUUGAGGUUAAUAUGUACUUAUACGAAUGAAAUAUAUCCCAGACAUAUAAAUAAAAAGAUCUCACUGGAAAAUGUUCAAUUAGCCGAAUGUAUAGGAGAUGUGAGAACAUUAUUGAAACAGAUCUUAUCUGAUAAUAUACCUAUUGUGAUGCAAAAUAAGAAGUCUUGUAGAAGCAAUAGCAUCAGUAUCGGUUUAAUGAACCAAGUUUUAGAUGAGUCCCAUAAUACUUUCGUAUCAUGUUUCCACGCCUUUUAUCCCACUGCUCAUUUGAAAUGGACCUGCCUAUGUGAUUUGCUUAGCGAAUGUAAUAAGGAUGAUGGUCAAUUUAUAUACAACAACAGUCAGCGAUUAUUAAGUGCCGUUCUUUGCGCACUUUGCGCAUCAAAUGUACGAUUAAGAAGUACUUUUCCAUUAAUCGGUCAAAGCGUUUGUUCUGAGAGCGCUUUGCUGAGAGGAUUGAGUCCUUCUGAUAACACUGGGUUACCCAUGAUGAGUACCUCGGAUUCGCAUCAUUAUCCAGUUUUAGUUGAACAAAUGAGUUAUAAGAGUCAAAUUGAAUCACUUUCAAAUAUUUCAUGGCAAUGGAGUGACGUUUUGGAAUGCUUGAUCAAUCUAGCAUCCAAUUCGGUGGUUAGAUGUUUGCAAAAGAGUACGAUAUCUUAUUCAUCAGACCUGUCUAAAUUUUGUUGUCAUUUACUUGCGAGAGUUUUAGCUGAGCUUGUGCAUCAAUGUAGUUCGUCUGAGGAAGACCUGCAAGGUACAUAUGGCCGGACAUUACACAUGACUCCUUCUCGUUUUACAAGAACAAAUCAAUCAAGAACUUGGAAUACUGGAAACGGCUCCCCCGACGCGAUUAGUUUCCAAGUUGACCGGCCAGGAAUUUCCAUACUUGGAGUUGGGGUUUACGGAGGUAUUGGCCAUUAUGAGUAUGAACUGGAACUCUUGGAAGAUACAACAUCCCUCAAUACCGUAGACAGCCAUGCUCAUUCUCAUCGAUGGAAUAGCUUGGAAAUUACCAGGGGAUCAUUUGGUCCUGAGGAUUUUCCUCCAGAUAUUAUUGAAAUUAAAUUUGAUCGCGCCAUAGCUAUUAAGGAAAAUAUUAAAUAUGCUGUCAGACUUAGAAACCAUGGUGGAAGAACAAACAAUGGAGACGGAGGAUUGAAUUCAGUGAAAGGAUCUGAUAAUACAAUUUUCACAUUUUCUACUUGUUCUUUGAGUUUUAAUGGCACUACACUCACCAGAGGACAGAUUCCCAUCAUUUUAUAUUAUAGUAAUCCUCUCGAAAGUGGGAGAGCUGCUACAACAAAGCUAGAACAGCAGGCACGUGUAGCAGCAUUAUCGAUGACUAGUGCGAUCAUCCAAAAGGCAAGCAAUUUACUUGUAACAGCGAGAGAGAAAGUAGAGGAAGUCCCUUCUGCAGACAUUCUUAGUAAAUCUUGUAUAGUAACUACCUUACUUCCUUUAGUAUUGGCACAUAUAAGUCCCUUGGUAACCAGCGAUUCAAAAAGUGCAGUACAUAUAUUGAAUUUGAUACAAGAGCUGCUUCCCCACGUAGCAGCACUUAAUUUGAUGGGAACUUCAAGUGUUACAAUGAAGUCUGCGUCGACUUUAAGUUCGUCUUCAAAUCACGAUAGUUUAGACCACAAAAUCGAAACUACUAGCCAUCAUUACACUCUCGUUGAAAGCGAACAUCCUUACAAACCAGCUACUGUAUCUAAUUACAGAGUACUGUUUCCGGAUAGCGUUAAAUGGAUGAGCUUAGAAUUCGAUCCAGCUUGUUCCACCGUUCAACCCGAAGAUUCUCUGCAAUUGUUCGUACCUGCUCUGGACUUUCAGAAGGAUAAAAAUCAAGUUAUGUAUGUGGAAGACGGUGAUUCGCCACCUAUGCCGUAUUGGCCCGUCCUACAUAAGUUCAGUGGAAGAUUGCAGUGGCCUACAAAUUCCGUCAUACUUCCUGGACACGAAGUCAUCUUUUCUCUAGAAACUGCUUCUGAUUAUCUGAAAGAUGAACGUCUGUCUGCUUAUGGCUUCAAAUGUUUGGUGAUCGGUUACGAAUGGCACCAGGAUAGUAAUCAAUCCCAGAAUGAUUUGAAACAUUUGGAAGCUGAAUUGGCGUUUCUGGGUGGAAUGUGUGCUGCCAGUUUGAUGAAAAAAGAUAUUUUGUUUCCCAUUAAUGGCGACGAAGCUGAUGUCGACAUAGAGGCAGCAGAAAAUGUAGCGAUGGAAAUAUUCUCGCGCCACGGACCAUUACUUUCGAAAGGUCUUGCCCUUACUUCGCCACCUACAGUACAACAAGCUUUAGAUGGAUUGCUGCCAUAUAGUGUCCAUUCCAACGAAAAACUUUUCCUGAGGGACUUCGUCAACUGUGUAGCUGGAUCAAGUGGUGGUCGUUUGGCUCAGUGGUUGCAACCAGGUAGUAGAGUAGAUCCUACAAAAUGUCAAGUGGUAUAUUCCAGAGAAGAUUUACGAUGUGGUUGGCCAGCGAUAAUCAUGGUACUUACCAGGGAUCAAUACGGUGAUAUGGUUUUUGUACCUAAUAUGAAAGUGGAAGUGAAAGCAAUGCCGAUAGAUAAAAAAGAAAUAGGAGAUGGUGAUGUUGGUAGAAAAAUGAGAAGAAUAAGCCAGCCAGAUUUAUUAACAUUUGGAGGAUUGCCACCACCUCCUUUACAUCUUCCAUACGAACCGACUAUUAGGGACAAAAUGUGUUUCCACUCGAUUACAGUUAUGAAGGCAUUUCAGAACUAUUCAUUUGAAGAACUUCGAUACACGUCGCCUCCUAUUAAACGGUCAGGUGAAAAUAUGUUGGUAAGAUCGAAUGCGGAUGGUUCUUAUAGUGCUACAUGGACUCCUGCGUCAGUUGGAUGCUAUUCUAUUCUUGUUAAUAUAGAUGGGUAUGAUAUGGAAGAAAUAUUUAAAGUUGAAGCUAAAGAACCGCCGCAGGGUAUGACACCUCCGAAUCAAAAUAUGUCGAAGAAAUCUCAGCAUCAGCCGAGCAAAUUGAGAAAAUUUGUAGCAAAAAAUUCAGCUGGAUUAAGAAUUCGAGCCCAUCCAUCUUUACAAAGCGAACAAAUUGGUAUAGUUCACGUCAACGGAACUAUUGCUUUUAUUGACGAGAUACAUAACGAUGAUGGGGUGUGGUUGAGGUUGUCCGUGGAAACAAUAAAGCAGUAUUGCAAUUUAACUAUAACAGAGGCAUGGUGUUUACAAUAUAAUCAACAUCUAGGAAAGACCCUACUUCUUCCUGUAGAAGAACCAAAAACUAUUCUUGAUCAAGUUAUUAACGACACGAUAUUAAGAAAAUCUCCAGAAACACAAGAAAGACAUAAAACUCCAAACUUCAAUAUAAAUUAUCAAGUUAUAAAAUGUGGUGCUUCUGGACACAACGUACGUAGUCGACCGAGUUUUAAAGCCCCACCUGUUGGAAUGCUUGCUUUGGGGAACAAAGUAGGCAUUUCCGAAUAUACGGUUAAUUCCGAUGGAUGUUGGGUCAAACUGGACAGAGCCACCAAAGAAAAAUAUUGCUUUAGUCCCGAAACAGAUGCCUGGUCGUUGGCCGUUGGUCACAAUAACGUUCUCUACCUCGGAAAUGUCAAUGAAGCGGAAGGAAGUCCCAAAUUAGUUGAUGAUGGAUCACGUAAACAAAAAAGAGGAUUCAAUUUUUCUCUUAAAUCCAACGAAGCAAAUUUUUUAUUCUCUGCGUCAGGCUCUAUAGAAUCGGAAGAGCUUCUGCCAACCAACCCUUUCGUUUUCGGAGAAGGUGCUCAACCAGAAUACACCAAAACGCCAAAGAAGGAGAAAAAAGAUAAUAAACUGAGUAGUUUACCUAAAUGGUUUAAAGGAGAAGAUUCGAAAAGUGACAUUUCGGAACAGUCGAUUGGCCAAUCAUCUGUGAAACCACAUAGUGAAAGUAGCGUAAAUGGCAAUGGAAUUACCCCUCCAGAUACUCCAAAGAGAUCUCAAAGUCCGAGAGGUGUUAUCUCGACCUCGAAACUAUCGAGUCGUAGUUUGAGUCCAGUAGCCGCAUCAGCCAGCGUAACAAUAUACGAAUCCAGCACCAGACGAGGUUCUAAUCAAUCUGAUACAAGUAGUAUACCCAGAGACUUAUCACAGUCACCGAGUCAAGCUACACAACAAAGAGAAACGUCACCAACUCCUAGCAGUAGUUCUCUGCAUACUAGAUCAGGAUCUACUCUAUCACAACCGAAGGAGUGUUCUGAUGGGGAAAAAAGUCCUAAAAAGUUAACACAAACUGGUACCCAAACUUCCCCAGAAAACGAUAGCACUGCAUCAAUGAAAACCAAUUUUUCCAUUGGUGCAAUGGGAAAAGAAGAAAAAUUAUCACCGAAGAUGGCUAGAAAAGACAGAAACAUUGCUAAGAUAAGACCAAAACGAGCAAUUUCACCCGCUAAUAUACAGCAGUUACCAUCUGGUACAAAACCAAGUUAUGCUUAUGAAAAUGUGAAGCAAGCUAUGAGUCCGUCGGUGGCAGAAUCACUUCGGGCAGUGUUUGCUGCUUUUUUGUGGCACGAAGGCAUAGUUCAUGAUGCGAUGGCAUGUGCUUCAUUUUUGAAAUUCCAUCCGACGCUUCCUAAACAAGGUGCUUUAGUAGUAACUCGCCAUCAAGAUUUUCCCGUUGAUAAACGUCAGAAAGAACUGAGCAAAGAAGAAAAAGCUAGACAAAGACAUUCCGUGGAAGUUAGCAACGCUGGAAAUUAUCUGCACAUCCAGCCUUCUACUUUGGAAUCUCUGACUAGAUCUGCAGCUAACGCCAGUGCAAAUAGGAAUCGAAAAAAAAUUAAUGAAGAAGUGAUUAAAGAAGGAGAAAAAUAUCCUACCGAUAGUUAUAGAUAUCAGACUAUUUCCGUUUUACCACCUGCUCUUAAAGCGUUAGUAUAUUUAUGGGAGGAGCUCACUACGAAUUGCUUGAAGGCAAUGAGUCAACAAAUCGAUACCGUAAGCCCCACGAAGAAUAAAGAGAAAAAGGAUAUCAAAAGUGAGAGGGAGAAGAAUAUUCAUCUGGAAAAAGAGAUAAAAAAGUAUAGGAGAAAAAAGAUACCACCUAGAAACUACUUAGAAGAUUUAGGAGGCUUGUCCAGUUACUUGCAGUCAUCUGGAGCUGAAACGCUUUGCGAACUUUGCGGAGAAAACUUUCCACAUCCCGUCACUUAUCACAUGCAUCAGUUGCAUCCAGGGUGUGGAGAACAUGCAGGUGGGAAAGGGUAUAAUUCUGGAGGUAGCUACUGUCUCGGAUGGGCAGGAAAUUGUGGUGAUGGAGGUGUCCCUGGAAGUUCGUGGUAUUUACUCUGCGAAAGUUGUCGAGACAAAUACAUGAAAUUGGGAAAAUCUGGAAAGCAAACCAAUUGUCGUCACAGAUCAGUUGACAAUCGAAAAAAUAUUCCGACAAAAUCUUUCACACCUCCAUUAGCAUCAGCGAACUUAGAACCUCAUAUUAUCAUGAAAAAUAACGCGAUGUUUCUAUUGGAUUUAGCAAGUUCGGCAGAAACAUCUAUAACCCAUCAAAGACGACCUUCUUCCAGUAUUAUGCCCUCGGUAUCAGAGAACAUAUCACCUCCAGAAUGCUGUGGUCCUUUUCGGGCACCUCCAUCAUUUCAAUGUCUAAGUUCGUUUGGUGCCAAUUUUAUUUUUGACGAACCAAGGUUUUAUAAAGAAAUGUUUUAUAAACAAGAGUGUCCAGAGAGUUUUUUUCAAGGAUCGUCCACUUCCGGCCAAAGGCCCCUUUCGGAAAUAUCGAUUAAUGACGAAAUGGACAAUACAAAAGGUAUGAGAUUUCAUCGAUCUGUAUCCAUGGGAACCAACGGAAUCCCAUGGUCAAAAGCAGGUUAUGAUGGGAGAAUUAUCAUGAUGAGAAAAAGGAAUAAUAGUAGCUGCGAAAUUGCAAGUGAAGGAGGUUCUUCAUUGUUGUGUAAUCCAUCAAAUGCUCUCCAGAAGUUGAUUCCAAAAAGGGAUAAUCCAGCUUCAGCGAUCGUAAGAAAUGAUACUAACAAUGACGUUAAUAACGAAGGAUUGGCGUUAUUAGAAAGACCUGUACUACAAUUUUUAUUACAGCAACAUGACUUGGAAUCAUUGCAUCUGUCAAUGAAACAAGCACUAAGAAAAGCAAUGUGCAGAGUAUAUGCCAUGCAAGCAUUAAAUUGGCUCCUACGAUCCGUAACUCAACCGAUUUGCAUACAUGAUUUGUUAUGGUGGUUUGUUACGUCAUUAACACCCGUCGAAAUUGAAACUGAACAAGAAGAUGAUAAUCAUUUACCAAAAAAGGAUGAUGAGUUGGAAUUGAAUAUUUGCGAACAUCCUUUAUCAGAUAUAACAAUUGCUGGUGAAGCUGUUCACCCACUACCGAGCAUAUUCCACGCUCUUCUACAAACAAUCGCCGAUCUAAUGAUUUUACUACCUAUGAAUUCGUCGCUCCAGCAAAUAGCGGUCAAAUGUUGGGGUAUUAGAUUUGCUUCUACGGAUCAUUCAUUUCUUCAUCGAUCCCAGGUAUUCAGUAAUAUUAGUAAGAUCUUGUCGAGAAGCGAAGAGUUGGAGGAUUUUACGGUAUCAAUGCAUGAAAGUCAUCAAAGUGUCGUUCACUUAGAGACAUCUGUAGUUGAAUGUUUAAAAGAUUUAACGCCUACUGUAGAAAUUAAAGCUUCGAGCAGACAAGCUAUGGUUGGAAGUUUAACUGACAAUUCGACUGAAACUUUCUGGGAAUCUGGAGAUGAAGAUCGAAAUAAAACUAAGAAUUUAACUAUUCUCUUUCCUCAGGGACAUCACCCAGUUUUGAUAUGUAUACAUAUCGAUAAUUGUAGGGAUUUAGGGAACAAGAUAUCAUUAAUAACUUUUUACUCGGGACAACAUACUGAUGAAUUAAUAAAACUACGAACUGUGGAAGUUGAAACUAGGUUGUUAGGUGGAUGGGUGAGUUGCCCGUUAACAGACUACACUAAUAAUGUAGUGAAAUUGGAGCUGAAAGGUCCUGAUAAUUCAGUUCGAGUACGUCAGAUACAAGUGCUCGGUAAUGUUGAAGGUGAAUCCUUGAAAGUAGGGAAGCAAUACACAUCAAGUACUCUACAACAGAAAUAUUGUGAAGCAGAAACUCUACGAGUAUUCAGAUUAAUAACGUCCCAGGUGUUCGGAAAAUUAUUACAAGGUGAAGAUGGUCAAAGUAUGAUUUGUGGAGAUUCAAACAGUGGAUCGGGUUCACUUAGUGAGAGCGCUGAUCCAAAUGAAGAAAGUAAUGAUCUUCGGGAACACGUGGUUGGAAUUUUGUUUAGUAGAAGCAAAUUAACUCAUCUUCAAAAACAGGUGAUUGUUCAUAUUGUCCAAGCUAUUAGAAAAGAAACGGAAAGAGUGCAUGAUGAAUGGGAAUCGAAUUUAUGUACUUCAUCAGGUUUUUCGAAUCAAAGUCAAGAUGGGAAUAAAAAUUCUGAUACUUAUUGCUUCGAAAUGUUAUCAAUGGUUUUAGCAUUAUCGGGUAGUUCAGUUGGAAGAAAAUAUUUGUCGCACCAAGCAGAUCUCUUGGGGGAUAUAUUAACAUUGUUGCAUGCUGGAAGUGCGAGAGUUCAGAGACAGGUUACAUCGCUCUUACGGAGAAUUCUUCCUGAAAUAACUCCAGAAGCAUUCGCUAGAGUUGUGGGCGUUAAAAAGUUACCAGCCAAAGAUUUCAGUAUAGUGCACGUCUUAAAUAAAGAAUCAAUUAGCAGUAAUUUUGAUGUGAACCAGCUUGGGAUAUUGGAUAUAUUUUUAAGUAUUGUAGCAAAAGCAUUAACGCUGCAAGUGAAAGUAAGAGGUAAAUCAGGUAAUGGUGGAGCUCCAAAAGAAGUUACGACUGUUACUUUAGCCACAUCCAUACAACCAAGGGACGUACUUGGUGCUAGGUGGUGGUUGAGAGGUUCUGUUAGUAAGAAAUUAUCUGAAGUUAUCAUCAAUCUCAUCAAAGAUAUGGCAGCUGGUAAAAUGUCGGAAUCUUGGGCAAAUAUAACGAAAGGUGCGAUUGCUGAAAACAUUCUCCACUUAACUUAUUUAUCUGAAGAACAGAGAAUCCCUUCGGCAUGUUUGCGAACGCCUACUCUGUGGCUAGCUUUGGCAUCGCUUUGUGUCCUAGACGAAGAUCACGUGGAAAGGCUAACAUCAGGACAAUGGAAUCAACAAGAUGGUCAAACAAUGCAACCAAGACCAACUUGUUGUAAUCACGAUGACGGAGAAACUGUUGCUGUGAUUCAAUGUAAUCCUUGUGGAAAUUUAUGUGCUGAUUGUGACAGAUAUUUGCAUUUACAUAGAAAAACUAGAAACCAUCAGAGACAGGUAUGUAAAGAAGAAGAAGAAGCCAUUAAGGUAGAAUUACACGAAGGUUGCGGUAGAACAAAGUUAUUCUGGCUUCUAGCGUUAGCUGAUCCUAGAACUUUGAAAGCUCUAAUUGAAUUUAGAGAAGGUGGAACAAGAACCAAAGUAAUAGGCCUGAGCGGAGUUUGUAGAUUUUGUGGAACUACCGGCAAUUCCGGGCUUCUUGCUAUCGGUAACGUUUGUGCUGAUCACGAGUGCCAAGAAUACGGACGAAAUGCAUGCAGUAAAAUAUUGAGCUGCGGACAUAUGUGUGGAGGUGUUAUUGGUGAAACUAAAUGUCUACCAUGUUUACAUGGAUGUUCAGGAGACACUUCUCUAAGACAAGAUUCUGACGAUAUGUGUAUGAUCUGCUUUACCGAAGCAUUAUCUUGUGCUCCAGCAAUUCAACUCGGUUGUGGACACGUCUUUCAUUUACAUUGUUGUAAAACGGUAAUGAUGAAGAGAUGGGCAGGACCAAGAAUUACAUUUUCAUUUAUCCUCUGUCCUAUAUGCAAAGAAGAGAUGAAGCACGAAAUGUUAAUUGACAUUUUGACACCUAUCUUGGAUUUAUAUAGAGAUGUUCGUAGAAAAGCCCUUAUGAGAUUAGAAUAUGAAGGAUUACAUACAGCAGAAGCUGUUGUAGCACCAGGAGCAAGAUUCUAUAGCGAUCCAGCCUCUUACGCGAUGGAUAGAUACGCCUAUUAUGUUUGUUACAAAUGCAAAAAGGCUUAUUAUGGUGGAGAGGCAAGAUGCGAUGCAGAAAUGGGUGAAAACUAUGAUCCAAAAGAGCUUGUAUGCGGUGCUUGUUCAGAUGUAGCUAGAGCUCAGAUGUGUCCAAAACAUGGAACUGAUUUUCUAGAAUAUAAAUGCAGAUAUUGCUGUUCAGUCGCUGUAUUUUUCUGUUUUGGAACAACACAUUUUUGUAAUCCAUGUCAUGAUGACUUCCAACGAGUUACUAAUUUACCAAAGAAUGAAUUACCCAUUUGUCCGGCUGGUCCCAGAGCUAAACAGCUGGAAGGUGAUGAAUGUCCGUUACAUGUAAAACAUCCUCCUACAGGCGAAGAAUUUGCUUUGGGUUGUGGAGUAUGCAGGAAUGCACAUACAUUUUAAAAAAUUACUAUUUAUUUUAGUGAUUCUACGGAUAAUAUAUUCAAACACAUUUUGGUGCAAUAUUUAUUUAUUUAUAUUUUUCAUAUAAUCGAACAGCAAAAACAUAUGUUGCAUAUAUGUCUUCGUCACUUAACAAUGAACAUUAAUAACUGGUUAGAUUAAUUGAAAAUCAAAUAUUUUCAAAUGUCUGAGCGUCCAUAAAAUAAAUGUAAUAAAUAUAUCGAAUCAGGUUAGCUUCGUAAUUGUGCUUUUCAACUGAAUAUAUAUGAGAAAUAAAGUAUGUCUUUAAAAAAA